AUGGCUGACCAGACACAGUGUGACAGUGGACGGCCUUGUGCACGGUGUUUCGAAGAUGGAGUCGAAUGCAUUGUUGACGAAGGUAGUGAUCUACGACGAAAAGGGGCUCUCAAGCGCAAGGCAGCAAUGAUGGAACAAGACCAAGAGCUUCUAAUCCAGCUCGUGAGCGCUCUUCGCGGUAGCAAUGAACGCCAUGUCUCUCACCUCGUGAAUAUGAUUCGGAGUCAUGCUUCACUACAAGAAAUUCGCGAGUAUAUAACGGACCAUCUGAAACUGGGUACAAUCGAAGACACGUCCGAGGUGCAGGGGCUCCGGCGUCAGAUUCGUCUUCUUCUUGACUUGGAAGGGCCAGCGUUUGAGUCACGGAAGACACAGCGGGUCGCUCACUCUCGUUCUUUCAACGUUCCCGCGAAGCCAUGGACGGUGAUCCAGUGCAGCAGUGCCACGUGUACAUUCGGUGACAACCACCUAGCUCGAGUGUAUGAGGGUCGAAUAGUGAACGCGUUACGCAACUUCCCCUCUUCUAACCCGUCUGCUUCGCCAAAACCCAGCGGGGAUGAGCAACAGUAUGACAAUGUUUGUAACAUAGCGAUUUGGGGGGUGUACAAUAUUCUUUUGGCAAAUCUGCUCACAUACCAGCGCCGGUCGCUGAUUGGGAUUCCACAACGUGCGCGGCCGCUCGUGCUCCACGUUGAAGGUCUCGCGGGCGAGCACUGGGCUCCAUAUCCGAAUUCCCAGCCAGCUACUACAAGCCAUGAAUCAUGCUUGAGCAAUUGCAUUUGCGACUUGACUGUGAUUGUCAAUGACAUAUGCCGAUUGCUCUCCCGAGACCGGAAAGAUCUAUCACCCGAGCCUGUAAAUCAAAGUGUUGAAGCCUCGUUGAAGCGCCUUGAAGCUUGGAAGGCCCAUGUACCGUCCUGCAUGCGACCGAGUGAUACCGAGAGGUCUUCCCCGCAGGUCCUCGGCACCCACAUAUACUACCACACAAUCAUGAUCACACUGUACGGCCUUUCGCAAAAGUCCUCGGCAAGUGUACGAAUGCGCAAUACUAGUGCCCCCUCGAAUGCAAGAGCCCGAGCCAUGCGCCUUGAAGCGGCGCGGGAAGUCGCUCGGCUAGUUGAACUUCGUCGACGAUUAUGGGGUUUGGACCGUAUUUCUGCGCCCCUCAACCAGUGGGUAACGAUCUCGCUGCUCACUCUGCUUGAGGACCUGUCUACAUCAGAGAGCAAAGAGGCGUUUGUCAGUCUUUGUGUUGCGCUGCGUGUAUCGGCUCGGCGAUGGGAGCAUUCGAAGGGUCUCCUCCGGCUCACGCAGCAUCUCGCAUUUCAGUCACGUUUGACUUUACCCCCGGAAACCAUUCCACUAUACAGGGACUUUCAAGAUUUGAAAUGGGGCCCGGAGGACGAUGAGAAAUUCGGUGCACUGGCUCAAAGCUUUUGGAUGUGA